AUGGAUCAAACUGGAAUCAUACUGGCGCGUGCCAACGAGAUCUACGCCAGAGCCAAUAGCACAACAAGCGGCUCCACUACAACAAAAGAGCGUCCGCCAGUAUACAAGGCUAUAGGGAUAUCCCUGGCAAUAUCAUCAGGCGUCUUCAUUGGUACAUCGUUCGUCUUGAAGAAGACGGGCUUGCUCAAAGCAAACGUCAAAUACAAUGAAGAGGCGGGUGAAGGAUAUGGAUACCUCAAGAACGCCUAUUGGUGGACGGGCAUGACUUUGAUGAUCAUUGGAGAGAUUUGCAACUUUGUCGCCUACGCCUUCGUCGAUGCCAUCCUCGUUACGCCUCUAGGAGCUCUAUCUGUUGUGAUUACGACGAUACUAUCGGCCAUCUUCCUCAAGGAACGGCUGAGCUUCGUUGGAAAAGUGGGAUGUUUCAUGUGCAUCAUUGGAUCAGUGGUCAUUGUAAUGAACGCGCCUGCACAGUCUUCGGCCGGUACGAUACAAGAGAUGAAGCAUUUUGUGCUGGCGCCCGGGUUCUUGACAUACGCUGGAGUUAUCAUCGUUGCAUGUCUGUUCAUUGCUUUAUGGGUGGGGCCACGAUACGGGAAGAAGAGCAUGUUGGUGUACUUGAGCAUUUGCAGCUUGAUCGGUGGCUUGAGUGUGGUAGCAACCCAAGGGCUGGGUGCUGCGAUUGUCACUCAGGCAGGCGGAACUCCGCAGUUCAACCAGUGGUUUCUAUAUCUUUUGCUUGUCUUUGUGGUUACGACUUUGGUUACGGAGAUAAUCUUUUUGAAUAAAGCCUUGAAUCUUUUCAACGCCGCCCUCGUCACUCCUACCUACUAUGUAUUCUUCACCAGCUCGACCAUUGUCACAUCUGCCAUCCUCUUCCAAGGCUUCAAGGGCACCCCAACCUCCAUUAUCACGGUAGUGCUGGGAUUUUUGCAAAUCUGCUCUGGCGUGGUACUGCUGCAACUCUCCAAAUCGGCAAAAGACGUACCAGAUGCAGCAGUCUUCAAGGGCGAUCUAGACCAGGUGCGGACUGUAGCCGAACAAGAAGAGCCGGAAUCAGAGCCAAAAGCCGAUGCUAUACGUGGUGCCGCGGCAAUAAUCCGCAGAUUAUCACAAUCGAGGCAAAAGAAUGAAGCAGCGGAGGCGAAGAGGAUACACGAAGAUAAACUGAAAGACCAGAUGGAGUCUAUCGGUGAAGACGAACAAGUCGAAUGGGAUGGGCUGAGAAGGAGAAAGACUAUUCUUAACCGACCACAAGGAAGCUUGCGGAGACAGAAGACAGUGCAUCCACCGCUAGGAAUGGCGCGAUUCCCAGAUGAUGAAGAAGACCACGAGCCGCGGCCACGGUCCAGCGAUGUUAUGGGAAGCGGAGGCGGAGCUUUCAACGGAGGAUUCAUGGAUAGCUUCCGAAGAGGCGGUUCCGGCAAAUUCAAAGCAAGGAAGGGCAAAAGCUUGAGCACAGGGACUCCUGGACUGGUCGAGCUACCGCUACCUCCGAAUGCCUCUGGGGAACCUAGUACAGCCCAGGCCCCUGGUGCUAUGGAAAUGGAGCAUGUUUACGGCCUCCCACCAAAUCUCCGCGGCGCCGACGGUGCCGGAGAGGUCGAUACGGAAUAUCAUGGCAAAUAUGAUGGCAAGCAUAUCGUUCUGGCGGAAGAGAUCAAACCUGUGGCUUCAAGAGGAAGCAGUCUUGCGCCGGCGCCGACGCCUCCACCGCAUGCAAAACGGCAAUUCUCGUUCUCAAACGUCUUCAAUCGCCACAAGCACGACGCUCCAUCCUCUUCCGACAUCACUCAUGAACACCAUCGCCCAUUAUCCCGUCUCGGUCUCGGAUCCCGCCAAAGCAGCAAAGAGCACAAUAUACCCGGCCUCAAGACCGCCACAGAGGAAGAACGUCUCGGCCUCGUCAAAGGCGACUCUACAAACAUGCUCACCUUACCCGACUACACCGAGAACUCUGACGAAGACGACUGGCAGCUCGAAGGCAAGGCGGGCGCCAGCCAUACGACUGGCCUUGUGCCGCUUAUAAGGGAAGAGGAGAAGGAGAGCGACGACGAGAGGCCGAUUGUGCCGGAUCAGAACACGCCGCGGUUGGGGCAGAGCGAGGAAGGGAGGUAUAAAGAGUGGGAAGGGUUUGAGGAUGGCGGCGGUGGUCGAGCGAGUAAAGGGAGUGGGAGACCGGCUUUCAUAUGA